AUGUCAAUCACAAACGAGUCCAUCUGGGCUCCCAGCCCCUCCACCACUCGUGGGCAGCCUACCCAGCUCUCAUCAGACCCCAAGGGUGAGCGACUAGCCUAUGCUUCCAAUAAAUCUAUCUUCCUGCGUUCUAUCGACGACCCCGCAGUCGCUCGCCAAUACACCGAACACAAGGCCCAGACCACCGUCGCUCGGUUCUCGCCCUCCGGAUUCUAUGUCGCAAGUGGUGAUGCGUCCGGUACAGUGAGAGUUUGGGAUUGUGUCGGAGAUGGUAUUACCAAGGGCGAGUACAACAUCGUCAGUGGUCGAAUCAACGAUCUGGCUUGGGAUGGUGAUUCGCAACGGAUCUGUGCCGUGGGUGACGGCAAGCAACGAUACGGCCACUUUAUUACAUGGGACAGUGGAAACACCGUUGGUGAAAUCUAUGGUCACACGCAACAGAUCAACUCCGUCUCGAUUAGGCAGCAGAGGCCCCUGCGCGCAGCGGCCGCAGGCGAUGACAAGAAGCUGGUCUUCUAUCAUGGAGCGCCCUUCAAAUUUAACACGGGAGUUGGAGACAAGCACUCCAACUACAUCUAUGGUGUCGGCUUCAGUCCUGACGGUUCGCACUUGGCGAGUGUUGGUGGAGACCGCAAGAUUUGGUUGUACGAUGGCAAGACUGGAGAGACCAAGGGCCAGAUUGGCGAGGGCGAGCACAAGGGCAGUAUCUUUGGUCUCUCGUGGAGCAAGGACUCGCGGAAAUUCGUCACCGCUAGUGCUGAUCGGACGGUGAAGAUCUGGGACGUUGAAGCCGGUAAAGCCACCCAGAGCUGGACUCUUGGCGAGGAAGGUGCAAUGGCUGUUCGCGAUCAGCAGGUCGGCGUUGUUUGGCCCCCUGGCCGAAGCGACAACCUGCUUAUCAGUUUGUCUCUCAGUGGAGACCUGAACUACUUGGUAGAGGGAACUCCUGAGCCCAGACAAGUAAUCUCGGGUCACCAGAAGAGCAUCACUUCCUUGAACCAGACCACUCUUGAUAACAAGGAAACUUUGUGGACAGGUAGCUUUGACGGACGAGUCUGCAGCUGGGACGUUUCUUCGGGCACGGCAGCGGAGAUCGAGGGUGAGAGCCACCCCGGCUACGUUGCUGGUCUCACCCCCACACCAGAGGGAUCUGGACGAAUUUACAGUGUUGGCUGGGACGACACCAUUCGCUCCAUUGACAUUGGUGCCAAGACAUACACUGGCAGUGCUUCCAAGCUGACCGGGCAGCCAAAGGGUGUCGCCGCAGACGAUUCCACUGUUCUGGUGGGUACCGCAGAAGCCGUUGAGAUUUUCCAAGAUGGUAAGAAAACCGGCGAGUAUAAGCCCAAGUUUUCCGUCACUACUGUGGCAGCUCAUGGCGGUGUUGCUGCUAUUGGUGGUGAGGACGGAUCUAUCCAGAUCUGCAAGGUUUCUAGCUCUAGCCUCUCAGGCGAGACUGAUAUCAAGGCCUCCCGCAACCAGAUCUCCACCCUUGCAUUCUCUCCAGAUGCUUCGCUUCUAGCUGUCGGAGACCUGCGAGGCCGUGUCCUGGUCUACAAGGUUGCAGAUGGCAGCCUCGUCACUGACCGCUGGACCGCACACACCGCUCGGAUCACAUCCUUGUCCUGGAACAAGGCUGGAUCGCAUUUGGUCAGUGGUUCGCUUGACACUAACAUCUUUGUAUGGAGCUUGGCCAACCAGGGUGACUGGAUUGAGUUGAAGAAUGCUCACAAGGAGGGAGUCAACGGUGUGACUUGGGUUGAAGGUAGUACAAAGAUUGCCUCGGCCGGUGCUGAUGCCGCAGUGAAGGUGUGGAAGGUUGAGGGGUUGAAAUAA